AUGCCGACUGCUUCUACAAACAUUUGUGAAAGACUGUGCAAUAAGUCCAUCUGUGAAAUUUCUUUGCUACUAAAUAUUCCAUGGUCAACUGUUAGUGGUAUUAUAACAAACUGGAAGCAACUGGGAGCAACAGCAACUCAGCCACAAAGUGGUAGGUCACAUCAAAUGACAGAGUGGAGUCAGCGCAUGCUGAAGCUCAGUGUGCAGAGGUCGCCAACUGUGUGCAGAGUCAAUAGCUAAAGACCUCCAAACUUUGUGUGGCCAAAUUAGCACAACAACAGUACGAAGAGAGCUUCAUGGAAUGGGUUUCCAUGGCCAAGCAGCUUCAUCCAAGCCUUACAUCACUGAGUGCAAUGCAAAAUGUCAGAUGCAGUGAUGUAAAGCACACCGCCACUGGACUCUAG